AUGGGGAGGCAUUGCUGGCGGCGACGCCUGUUGGCGGCUGCUUGUCUGGGCAUAGCGUUCCUGCUCCUGGGCUGCCCGCACGGCGCCGUGCGCUCAGCAUUUGAGAACAGGGCCCUGGGCUCUGGAUGGCUCAGUGGGAAAAGGAGGAGUCCCCUGCAGAUACUCUAUGACCUAUACCAGGUCCCUAGCUCCCCCCUGGCGGAGCUACACCGGCAGCGACGCGAUCUGCUGCGCAGCGCCUGCAAGCGGCACACGCGGCGGCAGCGCCUGCUGCAGCCAGAAGACCUGCGGCACGUGCUGGUGGACGACACCCACGGCCUGCUCUACUGCUACGUACCCAAGGUGGCAUGCACCAACUGGAAGAGAAUAUUGCUGGCACUGAGUGGUCGCGCCCGCGGAGACCCUCACGCCAUCCCCGCGCACGAGGCGCAUGCACCCGGCCUCCUGCCCUCGCUGGCCGACUUCAGCCCGGCGGAGGUGAACCGGCGACUGCGUACCUACCUGACCUUCCUCUUUGUGCGCGAGCCCUUCGAGCGGCUGGCGUCCGCCUACCGUAACAAGUUCGCGCGGCCCUACCACGCCGCCUUCCAGAGGCGCUUCGGUACACGCAUCGUGCGCCGCCUGCGGCCCCACGCGCGCUCUGAUGCGCUGGCUCGCGGUCACGACGUGCGCUUUGCGGAGUUUCUGGCUUAUUUGCUAGACCCGCGCACGCGGCGCGAGGAGCCCUUCAAUGAGCACUGGGAGCGCGCCCACGCGCUCUGCCACCCCUGCCACCUGCGCUACGACGUAGUGGGCAAGUUCGAGACGCUGGCGGAGGAUGCAUCUUUCGUGCUGGGCCUAGUGGGCGUACCAGGCCUGCGCUUCCCUGUGCCGCCCACAAGGGCCCAGGCUGCCCCAGCGCGCGACCAGGCAGCCCGCCUCUUCCAGGACAUCAGCCCCUUCUACCAGCGGCGUCUCUUCGACCUCUACAAGAUGGACUUCCUGCUCUUCAACUAUUCCACUCCUGCCUACCUGCGACUGAAAUAG